AUGAAUAAAUUCAUUGCAGUUUUAUUAAUAGCUUGCUUUGCUUUUACUUAAGUCCAAGCUCAUUCCCAAGGACAUAAGUGUGCUCAUGAAAAAAUGAACGAAAAGUUAGACAAAGAAAUUGUUGACUUGAUUAUUGAUGAAAAUGAAAGACAUCUCUAAAAUGCUAAUCCUAGAAACUUUAAGAUUACCUAUGAUAUGGCUUAUUUCGAUAAUUUACCUAAUACUCCUGAAAUGCAAAUUUUCAGAAGAAGCUGUGAAAAGGCUAUCAAGAUAGCUUCUAAUUUCUUCAGCAAUCUCAUCACCAUCGUUCCUAAGCCUACUGGUUCUAUGAAGUGGGACCUUAGACUUAACAAGUGUGGUGAAGCUACUAUCCCUGCUGCAGAUAAGACUACCGAUAAGGAUAGUGAUCUCCAUUUAUAUAUCACUUUCACUGAUGAACCUUAAGAAACUUAUCUUGCUUACGCUGGAUGGUGCAGAUUCCUCAGAAUUGUAGGUCCCACCCAUGGUCAGGUUAACUUCAACUUGGGUCUCUUAAAAUCCUACAACUUUGCCAACUCUCUCUAAUUCUAAGAUUUAGUUGGAAUCGUUAUCCAUGAAAUGACUCACGUUCUCGGAUUUUCAGGAUCAGAUAUUGCUAACUGGGUUGAUGCUAAUAAGAAACCUCAUGUUAAUCCUACUGUUCAACAAACUGUUAGAGGUAUGAAAACUACAUUUGUUAAAACACCCAAUGUUCUUGAAUUUGCUAAAAAAUACUAUGGAUGCAGCACUAUUCCUGGUAUGCCUCUUGAAAACUAAGGUGGUUCAGGAUCAUCUGGUUCUCACUGGGAAACUACUAUUAUUCAAGAUGAAUUGAUGAAUGCUUCCAUUUCCCCAACCAUUCCUAUUUUCACUGGUUUUACUGCUGCCUUGUUAAGGGAUACAGGUUUCUAUGCUUCAGUUAACUCAAAUAUGGAAGAAAAAUCUUUCUAUGGUAAAGAUGCUGGCUGCUCAUUCAUAAUUGGUUCUUGUGAUGACAAAAAAAGAGAAUUCUGUACUGUCGGAUCUUUUGAAUAAAAAUGUGAUUAUUAUUAUCAUGGUGUUGGACAAUGUAACUCAUCUACAUUCUUAGAUAACGAUUGCGAUACUUAUCAAACUUUUAGUAAUGCUAAAUGUUUUGAUGAUUCAAACAACUUCUAGAAUAACCCAACUUAUAAAAGUGCUAUGGGAGUUUCUCUUGGAUCUAACUCUAAGUGCUUUAACAGCUCUCUUAUUAAUGAAAAAUAUAAACCUAUCAAGGAAUAAGGUUUAUGUUAUACCUAUAGUUGUACUGCUGCAAACUAAGUUAUUGUUAGUGUUGGAGGAACUCAAGUUACCUGUUCUAAGAAUGGUCAAUAAUUGAAGGUUCCAGGUUACAGUGGUUUACUCACUUGCCCUGAAAAGCUUGAUGAAUUCUGUGCUUACAAGAAGUUAUGUCCUAACAAUUGUAGUUCAAAUGGUUUUUGCAACAAUGGAACUUGUAUUUGUAUGAAUGGUUUCAGAGGAGCUGCUUGCGACUAAGUUGCUUGA